AUGCUGUGUCUUGACGGCAAUGCCGGAGGCCUUCGGGCGUGUCGAGUGACAGUAAAGGUGGUGGCUAUAAAGGACGUGGGGUCGCUGAGCAACCCCGUGGUUCAAGUCGCCGUGGAAGACAGCUACUUUCGAACUUCAGACGUGCAGGAGAAGACAGAUGAGGGUUUGAUCACAUUCGACCAAGGCCACUCGUUCGACGUCAAGGAUGAAAAGUCGGCGGAGGUGCGCGUGGCGGUGGCGGGGAAGACAUCCAUGGGCAUGCGCAAGGUGUUGGGGUCUAUCAAGCCGCUGCACGUCUCUGACCUGCUCGAAACGGACCCUGACCGCACACUGGAGCCUGAGUGGUACGAGGUCGUGGCCAAGGAGGGCAAGAAGUCAUCUGUAGGGAAGGUGCUGCUGCACGUGGUGGCAGCGCGGGCGCCGCCACAGCAGCCCAUAAAGCUGUUCAUUGGGUCGUGGAAUGUGGGCAAUGCACCGCCGAAAGCCAUCACUGAUGUUACAGCCACAAGCGAGGCUACUGGUAUUGGCCAUGUGAUUGCCAACAAGGGAGCUGUCAGCGUCUCACUCAAGUUCUGGGACACGUCCUUCUGCUUCAUCAACUCACACCUGGCAGCACACGAGGGGCACUGUACGACUCGCAACGACAACUAUCGGGAGGUCAUGCGCAACAUGCACCCCGGCCUCGCCAGCAUCGACCUCCUCUCGCAAUUCCACCAUCUUCAAAGGGAGAUCCGGGAAGGCCGGUCGUUCUACAAGUUCUGCGAAGCACCCAUCGACUUUGCUCCCACAUUCAAAGUCCUAAGGGACGAGCUGCAGCAGUACAACCCCAAGCGCCUGCCUGCAUGGUGUGACAGAGUGCUCUGGCGCUCCCUGCCCGGCUGCCAUCUCACCUGCACCAGAUACACCUCCGCGCCCACCAUCCUCACCGGCGACCACAAGCCGGUGCUGGCCGAAUUCGACAUCACCACGUACGCUCUCCCAGUGACAAUGGAUCCCUCAGAGGACGCCGUGCAGCUGCUGCAGCUAAGCAAGGGGCACAGCGACAAGGACGACAUGCGCUGGCACCUGCACUCACCUCUCCCCCCUGAACAUCUUCACUCGUUCCCCUUCACUCCCCUGCACUCCCCUGCACUCCCCUGCACUCCCAUGCACUCCCCUGCACUCUCCUGCACUCCCCUGCACUCCCCUGCACUCCCCUGCACUCCCCUGCACGUCCUUCCCUCUCCCCCACGUCCUUCCCUCUCCCCCACGUCCUUCCCUCUCCCCCACGUCCUUCCCUCUCCCCCACGUCCUUCCCUCUCCCCCACGUCCUUCCCUCUCCCCCACGUCCUUCCCUCUCCCCCACGUCCUUCCCUCUCCCCCACGUCCUUCCCUCUCCCCCACGUCCUUCCCUCUCCCCCACGUCCUUCCCUCUCCCCCACGUCCUUCCCUCUCCCCCACGUCCUUCCCUCUCCCCCACGUCCUUCCCUCUCCCCCACGUCCUUCCCUCUCCCCCACGUCCUUCCCUCUCCCCCACGUCCUUCCCUCUCCCCCACGUCCUUCCCUCUCCCCCACGUCCUUCCCUCUCCCCCACGUCCUUCCCUCUCCCCCACGUCCUUCCCUCUCCCCCACGUCCUUCCCUCUCCCCCACGUCCUUCCCUCUCCCCCACGUCCUUCCCUCUCCCCCACGUCCUUCCCUCUCCCCCACGUCCUUCCCUCUCCCCCACGUCCUUCCCUCUCCCCCACGUCCUUCCCUCUCCCCCACGUCCUUCCCUCUCCCCCACGUCCUUCCCUCUCCCCCACGUCCUUCCCUCUCCCCCACGUCCUUCCCUCUCUCCCCCACGUCCUUCCCUCUCCCCCACGUCCUUCCCUCUCCCCCACGUCCUUCCCUCUCCCCCACGUCCUUCCCUCUCCCCCACGUCCUUCCCUCUCCCCCACGUCCUUCCCUCUCCCCCACGUCCUUCCCUCUCCCCCACGUCCUUCCCUCUCCCCCACGUCCUUCCCUCUCCCCCACGUCCUUCCCUCUCCCCCACGUCCUUCCCUCUCCCCCACGUCCUUCCCUCUCCCCCACGUCCUUCCCUCUCCCCCACGUCCUUCCCUCUCCCCCACGUCCUUCCCUCUCCCCCACGUCCUUCCCUCUCCCCCACGUCCUUCCCUCUCCCCCACGUCCUUCCCUCUCCCCCACGUCCUUCCCUCUCCCCCACGUCCUUCCCUCUCCCCCACGUCCUUCCCUCUCCCCCACGUCCUUCCCUCUCCCCCACGUCCUUCCCUCUCCCCCACGUCCUUCCCUCUCCCCCACGUCCUUCCCUCUCCCCCACGUCCUUCCCUCUCCCCCACGUCCUUCCCUCUCCCCCACGUCCUUCCCUCUCCCCCACGUCCUUCCCUCUCCCCCACGUCCUUCCCUCUCCCCCACGUCCUUCCCUCUCCCCCACGUCCUUCCCUCUCCCCCACGUCCUUCCCUCUCCCCCACGUCCUUCCCUCUCCCCCACGUCCUUCCCUCUCCCCCACGUCCUUCCCUCUCCCCCACGUCCUUCCCUCUCCCCCACGUCCUUCCCUCUCCCCCACGUCCUUCCCUCUCCCCCACGUCCUUCCCUCUCCCCCACGUCCUUCCUCUCCCUCUCCCCCACGUCCUUCCCUCUCCCCCACGUCCUUCCCUCUCCCCCACGUCCUUCCCUCUCCCCCACGUCCUUCCCUCUCCCCCACGUCCUUCCCUCUCCCCCACGUCCUUCCCUCUCCCCCACGUCCUUCCCUCUCCCCCACGUCCUUCCCUCUCCCCCACGUCCUUCCCUCUCCCCCACGUCCUUCCCUCUCCCCCACGUCCUUCCCUCUCCCCCACGUCCUUCCCUCUCCCCCACGUCCUUCCCUCUCCCCCACGUCCUUCCCUCUCCCCCACGUCCUUCCCUCUCCCCCACGUCCUUCCCUCUCCCCCACGUCCUUCCCUCUCCCCCACGUCCUUCCCUCUCCCCCACGUCCUUCCCUCUCCCCCACGUCCUUCCCUCUCCCCCACGUCCUUCCCUCUCCCCCACGUCCUUCCCUCUCCCCCACGUCCUUCCCUCUCCCCCGCGUCCUUCCCUCUCCCCUACGUCCUUCUCUCUCCCCCACUCCUGA